GUUUAUUUACUGAUAAACCAGAAAAAACACCAACAACAUUUGCAGAACUUUGGAAUUCGUACUGAAGGGUGCAAGACCAUUAAGCUCAAAUAUGUCAGACCAGUCAAGGAAUUCGUGGAUUAAACAAGAUAAUCCAAGGCUAGUGUCUGCUCGACAGAAAGACAUUUACGAAGAUAUUUUGGAGGACAGAAGACAUUCAAGUGAUGUUGUUUGGUCAUUCAGGACGAGAGAAGAACCAAAGUACAAAUACAACAAACCAAGAACUCCCGAUGAGAUCAGAAAACAUGUUAUGCACAGUGAUCGUGUCAAAUAUGCCGUUGAAAAGGUUUGUUCAGAAAGUGGAUUACCCAUUGAAGAGGUAUGGAAGCAAGCAGAAGAAGUAAUGCAGGAAAUGUCCCACAAUCUGAGCAUGGGAGCCAUUCGAGGAUUUGCAAUGUUUCUUGUCAAAGUUUUAAAAUCACUGUUUAAAAGAGUUUAUGUCAAUACAGAAGGAAUACAAAAGGUCAGAGAGAUGUUAGUAGAAUACCCAGUAUUAUUGAUGCCUAGUCAUAGAAGUUAUUUUGACUUUCUUUUGAUGUCAUAUGUGUUCUAUUCCUAUGAUCUUCCACUGCCUGUAAUUGCUGCUGCUAUGGAUUUUAUGGGUAUGAAAUUUUUUGGAUGGCUGUUGAGAAACAGCGGUGCAUUUUAUAUUCGGAGAAGUUUUGGAGAUGACAUGUUAUACUGGGCAGUAUUUACAGAAUAUGUCCAGUCUCAGUUGGUUAAUGGAGAUCAUCCUAUAGAGUUUUAUGUUGAGGGAACCAGAAGCAGAACGUCAAAGUCAUAUGCUCCAAAAUUUGGAAUGUUAUCUGCGUCAUUAGAACCCUAUUUUAAAGCCCACAUUCCAGACAUCAUGGUUAUACCUAUAAGUAUUAGUUAUGACAAGAUUUUAGAGGAAACUUUAUAUGCUUACGAAAUAUUAGGUGUUCCCAAGCCUAAAGAGUCUACGUCUGGUUUAUUCAAAGCUAGAAAUUUACUUUCUGAAGAUUUUGGAAAUGUACAUGUUCAUUUUGGUGAGCCGCUGUCAAUUAGAAAAUAUACAGAUGGAAAAGUGGAUAGGAGUGUUCAUAGUUUAGCACCCAGGUAUAUUGCUAGCCUUUCAGAUGAUGAAAAUAAACUUAUACAAAAUUUAGGGUAUAAAGUACUGUUACUCCAUCAAGAACAUAUGGUUAUCUCCCCUUGGUCAUUAAUGGCUGCUGUCCUUGUACAGAAUAAAGAUGGUAUUAAAAUCAAACAGCUUGUCAAGGAAGUGGAAUGGAUAAAAAGGCAGGCCACUAACCUGGGAGCUUAUAUUGACUGGCCAGGUAAUGAGUCGGCUGAUGCAGUCAUAAGAAGUACCUUAGCUUUACAUAAAAACAUUGCUGAAGUAGAUAAUGAAGACGUAGUCCAUCUUCUGGAGAUUCAGCAUCCGACCAGAGGCAGCCAAGAUGAACUGAUGCAAGCUGCUGCUCAACAUUUAAUAAUAACACUUUAUAAAAAUCAAUUAAUGCAUAUAUUUGUAAGAGUUUCCAUGGUUACGUUAUCUAUUAAUUCAUGUACAGAAGAAACAAUGUCUAUGAAUGAACUUUACAGUAAAUAUGAGUUUUUAGAACAUCUUCUUAACAGAGAUUUUAUCUUUAUGCCAGGCUGUACAAAACAAGAUUUUGAGAAUGCAAUGUUGACAUUAACACAUAACUGUGGAGUGGUUGUAGAAGAUGAUUUAUUACAAGUUAAAAAAUCUACAAAUAAAUAUACAACAUUCUUUAGUCAGAUGUUUGAACCAUUCUUACUUGGAUAUUGGAUUGCCUCUAAGUAUAUGUUGUCAAUGCACAAUGAUGCUCAUGGUAAACCUUUAGCCAAGCCUCCUAAGUCAAUCAUGAAGGAAUCACAGAUCCUGGGGUCCAGACUAUUGAGAGAGGGACAAAUCAGACAUCUGGAAGUUCUGUCCUUAGAUUUACUCAGUAAUGGAAUACACUCCUUACAUCAAAUGGGUGCAGUAAGGAAAGAAAAAAGAGAUAACCAGACAUAUAUGUUCCCAAACACAGUCAAACUUACAGCUGUUUGUUCAGAAAUAGAGAAAUAUAUAGACGUUCCCAAUAUUCCAGAGGCCAUCAUCAAUGUGUCAUCCAAAACAGUCACCAUCAAUGCCAAGUUAUAAUCAUUCAAAGACCAUCGUCUGUGUGUCACCCAAAACUGUCACCAUCAAUGCCAAGUAAUAAUCAUCAUAUGUGCAUUGUCCCAAUGCCAAGUAAUAAUCAUUCAAAGACCAUCGUCUGUGUGUCACCCAAAACUGUCACCAUCAAUGCCAAGUUAUAAUCAUCAUAUGUGCAUUGUCCCAAACAGUUUCCAUAAGUAGAAAGUUAUAAUGAUAUUAAUAUCCAUCAUAUGUGGUCCUUCAAAAGACAUCACCAAUAUUAGCAUCAAGUUACAAUAAGGAAAAAAAACAUUAUAAUCUCAUGUUACAUACUUAUACUGUAAGGUGAACAAUUUUCGUGAGGCUUAUAGUUUCUCUUAUUUUUGCCAAAUUAAUAAAAGCAAAAAUUUCCUUGUCAUAUAUGAUAAUUAUAAAACAAUUCAUAAUUAAGGUGGUACAUAACACUACAGGGAGAUAACUCUGUAAAAAUAAGCUGAACGUUUUAAUCACGUUCUAUAGUUAAGGAAAUAUUAAGCUUCUCAAUUAUCAAAAUUAGUGUUUGUCAAACUGCUAUAUAUCCAAUGAAAUUUUUCCGAUAAAGCGUGUGGUUCAAGUUUUUUGAAAUUUUUAUAUUUUUGUCCAAGGGUCAAAGUAAAUAUUUUGUCAAAAUUUUAUGAAAAUUAAACGAGCCAAAUUAAUUUUAGUCAAGGUAUUUGGUACCACCUUAAGGACAAGAACAAUUUGAAAGUAAAAAUGAUUGCAACUAAAAAUUAAAUGGUUUUUAAAGUGGUUUAUUUUUGGAAUUUUGAAGGCCAAACAUUUUACAGAUUUUUUUUUUGUGCUUUUCUUCUCUUUAAUUUUGAUUUUCCUUAAAUAUCAAAUUUAUGUGUGGGAUAUUUUCACGAUUUUUAUUUUUGUGAAAUAAGUGAAAAUAAACCUCAUCCUUAAAAUGUUCAUGUUGCAUUAUGCCGCCAUUAUUCAUAAGCUCUAAAUAGCCCAAGACCAAGAAAGGUUGUGAAUAAAUUAAAUCACUGUAAAUUGAUUAAGAAUGCUUUGUAAGAAGAAAAUAAAAGGUAGAUGUGUAACGCAUAGUAUCAAUACUUUCUUUUGUUGAUGUUCAGUGACAUUCAUUCUAUAUAAAGUCAAUUGCUAGUAUAUUUUUGUUGAAGCUUGUCUGUGAUAAAUUGUAAUAAGUGUGUCUACUCUUGUUUGCUGUCAUUAUUAUUUGUAAAAACAUUGUUUUUUGUUAUGAUAACUAAUCCUGAGUUUUGUUUUAUGAAAUUUAUUUGUUAUUUUUAGGGUUCUUUUCACAAAUAUUAAGUCAGAUUUAUUUCUGUUAUUUUCUAAAUUGUUAUUUAUUGAAUUUUUUAAGAUGAUAUUCAUUCAAGGAUACAUUUAAGCCUGCACGUCUUAAAAACAGAUGUUCAUUAGUGCAAUACUCAUAUAUCCAUGAACACAACUUAAACUUCUAGACCCUGAAGGGACAUCUGUGCUAGUGAUUAAAGAUUCCACAAUAUACAAUGUAACACUGUAUUCUAAAUAUCCAUAAUUUUCUAGUUAUUAGUUUUCUAUUCUAUUUUCUUAAACAUGCUUCCAUUUGUACAAGAAAAUUGUAGAAUAUUCAUAUUUUGCCUCUAAACCUUUAGGCUUCUUCAUAUAAUGACCUCUUUCCUUCACAUCCACUAGAUGUGUGGAUAAGACAGUUAGACUUCAUUAUAUUUUUAAAGCUAGCUUGCUAUUCUGGUUUAUAAUGAACUCUUUAUAACUCCAAUAAAUGUUGAAUCAGUCCUUCCAUAUUAGUCCAGUCAAUCUGUAGAAAACAUAAAAGAAAUUUCAACAGAAUUUUUUUCUGUUUUUUUCUAUAAUGUAAAGCAUGUAGGUAAUAUAUAUAAAAGUUCACCAAAAUCUGAUUGGUAGAAAUGAUUCAAUAAGGUGAUUAAAAAUGUUCAACUGAGAUCUCACCAUAAAUACCGCUAAUGACAGUCCUUAAAUGAUAAGGUUACAAAAAGUUUGAAGGCUGCUGUCCUGUUAAACACAUUGUUAAUGUUUAUUGGAAAAGUAUGUCUUAAAAUGAUGAAAGGAUACAAACUUUUGACUUAGAUAAUAAAAGUAUUUUUGUCAUGAGAGAUUUGUUUCAAUUAACUUUACAUUUAACAAAUUUUCUGGUUUCCUGUAUUUAGAGAUAUUUUGAUAAAAAUUUAGUUUUUGACUCCAAAUUCUUAUUUCUGAUCAUGACACUUUACCAGUUUCCUUGCACAAUCAGGUUUGUAAUGUUUCAAGUAGAACCACUUCUAAAUGAAUGGGCCAUAAGGAGUCUCCCAUUUCCUGCUCGGAAGUUUUUUGGAAUUGAUAUAUUUGUUAUUUUAUGAAUAGUAUUAAUACCCUGAAGCCAUGAAAUCUUGAAUUUUUUUCCUGGACCUUUUCUGGGUCCUUCUUGUAAGAAGAAUGGUCGUGACUUUUGUUAACAAUGGGAGAAAACACUCUCAAGGUGGGGGCUGAAUAUAUUUAGCUUUUCCUCCCUGGCUGGUCCUAACUGGACAAAGAAUACUCAUCAUUCAAAGCAAAAUAGCUUCUUCAUUUCUUUAUCAUUGUCUGAGUCAGAUUUAUCUGAAAUAUGUUUGCUCAUGUUUUGAGCUCUUACAAUUAGUAAAUUUGUAAAUUAAAGUAAACUGUGUCAGUUUUACUUUACAGAACCCAAACGUCAGAUAGAAAACUAAAAUACUAAAAUACAAAGUCUAUUUUCAAAAUUUUGUAACCAUCCACUGGAUAUGUCAUAUACCUUGUCGUUACUUUUAAUUGUGCAGCCUUCAUAAUAAAAAAAUUCUGUAAGUCUCUAUUACAAGCUUUAUACCAAUAGUGGUCAUUCAAAAAACUGGAAAGAAAAAGAGUGCAGCCUGGCAAGUGUAAAAAGUUCAUUAUUAUUAACCAGAAAAACUGGUUGGCUUUUUAAAUUUAAUGUACUAGAUUUGUGAAGAUCAGUACUGUUAUACAUAAAACUUUAAAACAUCAUAUUUACAUAUUUGUUAAGAUGUUACUUGAUUUCAUUCUAGUGUUUUAAUAAAAACUGUAGUAAUGUUUAUUAGUUGCUUUUAUAUGGUAUCUAGCUGUCAUUUCAUUAGAAGAGACAGUAUUUGCACUCUUAUUGUGUGUUUAGUAUUAAUUAGCAGCAUUUUGAUUGACUAGGAAACAUUUUACUUGGUAGUAUUUUUUAUUUCUUAAUUCCUCACAAUACUUAAACAAUCACUGUAUGUAGAUGUAAAAUAAUAUAUUUGUAUAUUAUUAUACGACCGCAAAAAAUUUUUGCGGUCGUAUAUUGGUAUGACGUUGGCAUCGUCAUCGUCAUCAUCUGAAGACACAUUGGUUUUCGCACAAUAACUUUAGUUUAAGUGAAUGGAUCUCUAUGAAAUUUUACCAUAAGGUUCAAUACCACAAAAGCAAAGUGGGGAUUGAUUUUGGGGGUUAUGGUACCAAUAGUUAAGGAAUUAGGGGCCAAAAAUAAGCAUUUUUGUAACUUCCAGACAAUAACUUGUGUGUUAGUGUAUUGAUCUCUCUGACAUUGUACCACAAGGUUCCAUAUCACAAAGGGAAUGCUGGGAUUGAUUUUGGGGGUAAUUGCUUCAAAAUUUUAAGAAUUAGGGGCCAAAAAAGGGGAAAAAAAGAAGCAUUUAUCUAGUUUCAUGACUAUAACUUGUAUGUAAGUGUACGGAUCUUUCUUAAAGGUUACAUAUCACAAAGGGAAAGCUGGAAUUGAGUUUGGGGGUAAUUGCCCGAAACGUUUAGGAAUAAGGGGCCAAAAAUAAGCAUUUUUCUAGUUUCCAGACAAUAACUUGUGUUCAAGUGUAUGGAUCUCUUUGAAAUUGUACUGCAAGGUACCAUACCACAAAGGGAAGGCUGGGAUUGGUUUUGGGGGUAAUUGCCUUAAAAUUUUAGGAAUAAGGGGCCAAAAAGGGGCAAAAAACAAGCAUUUUUCUAGUUUCAGGACAAUAACUUGUGUGUAAGUGUAUGGAUCUUUAUGAAAUUGUACUACAAGGUUCCAUAUCACAAAGGGAAAGCUGGGUUUGAAUUUGGGGCCAAAAAGGGGUAAAAAAACAAGCAUGUUUACAGUUUCCAGACAAUAACUUGUGUUCUAGUGUAUGGAUCUCUCUGAAAUUGUACUGCAAGGUACCAUACCACAAAGGGUAGGCUGGGAUUGAGUUUGGGGUGGUGAAUCAUAAGGGGGUCCAAAAAAUUGGGGGGGGGAUUUCUUUUUCCUUUUUUUCCUUUUUUUUUUUUCUUUAAAAUUUUCCAUUUUUAGUUGGUUAUUUAUGAUUUAUAUAUAAAAGCAAAUAAUAAUGAUAUGGUUUGAUUUCAUCAAAAAUUGAAAUAUUGGGGUUCUUUGAUAUGCUGAAUCUAACCGUGUAUUUAGAUUCUUAGUUUUUGGUCCCGUUUUCAAAUUGGUCUACAUUAAGGUCCAAAGGGUCCAAAAUUAAACUUAGUUUGAUUUUAACAAAAAUUUAAUUCUUGGGGUUCUUUGAUAUGCUGAAUCUAACUGUGUAUGUAUUUAGAUUUGUGAUAUUGGACCAUAAUAGGUAAAUUAAAAAAUUUAAAGUUCUUAGACCACAUUCAUUCUGUGUCAGAAACCUAUGCUGUGUCAAAUAUUUAAUCACAAUCCAAAUUCAGAGCUGUAUCAAGCUUGAAUGUUGUAUCCAUACUUGCCCCAACUGUUCAGGGUUCGACCUCUGCGGUCGUAUCAAGCUGCUCCCAGCGGAGCAUUUUAUUAUAUACUUCUUUUCCAGAAAUGUUUUCUUUGUUUCAAUUAUUGCAAAAAUGGUGACUGGAUGGGUUUCGUAGCAGAAAAAUAUCAAUUUUUAAAUUUGUAUAACAUUUUUGUACCAUUUCCUAAAAUCGUAAUAAUUAAUCAUGUAUCUGUGUACAUUGUUCAACAACUGCAAUAGUGAAUGCAUGUAGAAAUUCCUGAACUUACAAUUGAAGAACUUUCAUUUAAAUGUAUUGAAAUCCAUUUUAUUUAUUUAUUAUUGUAUGUAUCAUUUACACUUGUUUGACACUUUAAAACCAUGUAAAUUGAUUUAAUACAAACUUGCAUGAUAACUAAUUUGGAUGACACAAUGAAUUUCCUGAAUUGUAAUGAUCAUUAUGAUGUUUUACAAAAAUAAUGAAAAUAAAAUUCUAUAAAUUUGGUGAGUCUGAAGAACUUCUCUGGAUUAUCCUUCAUCAGACACCUUAAAAUUAUGAUACUUUACAAGAAAGUGAUGUAUUUUACCAUCCAUGAAAUAUUCUCAGUGUGGCUGUAUAUUAUUACAAAUGGAUCUUAUAAUGACAUUGACUAUGAUGAACAUGCAGUGUGUGUCCAAGAUUGGUGAUUCUUAGAGAAUUUGCUCUAGUUGAAAAAGAAAUUUGUUUCUAUUAUAUCAUUGACCACCUUAUUCAUUUUUUUGUUGAAGAGUUUGUUUGUUUGUUGUUCAGAACAUAAUUUCUAAGUGAAUAACAUGUUAGUUUGUUUAAGAUAAGACAUGAUUCUAAGUGAAUAACAUGUUAGUUUGUUUAAAAUAAGACAUGAUUCUUUACUUGUUUUCUUUAUGCUUAAUAUGUUGAAAUAUGAAUUAGCAUUUGCAUUUUGAUUUGAUAUAGAGAACAAUUUGUAUUAAUUUGAGCAGAUUACUAAUUUCGAUAUAUAAAAUGUGAAUGUUAUUAUAUACAAUUGUAAAAUAAGUCUAAAACACGUUUUUUGCUUGGGGCCUUGGUGACAGAGUGGUCUAAGAAGUUCAUGCUGUCAACUCUGAGGUUUUGAGUUCAAACACUGCUUGUGGCAAGGUGUGUUAAGACUCUAUCUUAAUUAACAAGGAUUGCCAGCUUUCCUGCCGAUAAUCGUUGUUCUCUCAGGUACUCUGGCUUCCUCCAUCAAUAAAACUGGUAAGCAUGAAAUGGCCGUGGUAGCUGAACAAAAAAUGAAAACAACACUUUAUAAAGUUCAUACGUUCUAAGAGCUUUUCUUUAUUUGUCUUCAUCAGGAACCCUCAAAACCGAAUAUUUGGAAGCCAAGGAUGUAUAAGAACUGAAGCAGUUGAAGAGCUUUAGGACCAAAAAGGACCUAAAUAUAAUAGCCAAAGUGGCAUUAAACAACAACAUGCAGAUAUUUUCUUGUUACCAUUAACAUCUUGGGCCUGGAAUUCUUGUUUUGAUUCAUCAAAAUGAUUUUCGAAGCUUCUUAUAACAACAAGUAGAAGGAAAUUAUUUAUUGUUACUUUUAUUUUGGUUAAGACAAUAACUGUGAAUCUUUAUACAUCUACAUGACACCCCAUUUCAACACUAUAAUACUUGUUCCAAAACCUAUAGUAUACUGGAUUAGUGAUAUGCCACUGUCCCUUAGUGAAAUAUAGUUUAACUUUUGUCUGUGUUAAAAAAGAAUAGGAAUACAUGUAUUGUUCAUUUUUUGGCUGUUCUUCCAGGACUUAAGCUGUUUUGUGAAGUGUAUAUAUUUAUGAAGGAGUAAAAGUUCAGACCUGCAUUUGACAAAAGGUUUAAAAAUUUAAGACCAGAUGGAGUACAUUUUCACAAACCGUCAAAAGUUUUCUUUUGUUUACCUUGACAUACUUUUGAAAGAAAAACAUUUAUUGAUUAAAUUUCUUUUGCAAUCUGUACACAUUAUUAUAUAUAUGGCAUAUUUAUGAAUUAUGGUAUUAAACAAAUUGAUUGUUCAUUGUGUUUCAGUCGCCUUAUCUUUAUCAAAUAAUGACUCUUGCUUUGACCAUUUCUCAGUUUGAUUUCAGACAAGGGCGUUUAAUUUAAUUCUGUAUUCUGUAUUUCAAUUUAUUAUGCUAAUUGUAAAAGAAAGUUUAUGACUUUAUGCUCAUAUAAUGUCCACAAGACUGUGCAAUAGGCAUAAUUAUUAUUUUUACUGUUUAUAUUUUAUAUAUAUAUAUGAUAUAAUUUUAUAUUGAUUAAUAUUAAAUUGUUACACUACUGUAAUAAGUAGUAAUUAAAUGAAAUGUUUUCUU